AUCAAGGGAUGCAAUUCUUCGGACCGCCAAGUAGAAUCAACUUUCUCGGCGGCAUGGCCGUGCUGAUAUCUUCGAUGAUCGGCCCGGGACUCGUAACAAUACCGUCAGUGUUCCAAACUGCCGGAUUCGUAACGUCUUUAACAAUGUUUAUAGUCGCGGUAUUUCUGUCCGCAUCAUCAGCAUUAUUACUAUGUGAAUCUAUAAGCUCAAUACCUGGCAACGAGGGAUUUUCGAACAAAAUUGAAUAUACGAAACUCUCCCAGGCCUUAAUACCCAAUAAAUUCGUUCAAGCACUAGUCCAUUUCUUCCUCUACGUAUCCCUAGAAUCAAUAAUAAUCGCCUCCAUCGUGCUUUCCUCACAGUCAUUGGAUAGUCUAUUUGUUAUUUUAUUUGGCACUUCAUGCGGACUCGGCGUUUCUCCUGACUUUGGUUGGAUAUGCACGCAAAGUUUAGGCAGCGGAAGUGGACCUUUUGGUGAUAAAUGGAUGAUUAUUACUUUGGGAUUGGCGGCAACAUUGCUGAUCGUAAUUCCAAUGGCAUGGAUGAAUCUCUCUAACAAUGCCAAAAUACAGAUUGAAGAUCAAAGUCAAGUUGUUGGGGCGGUGUUAUUUAAUUAUGGUUUCGUUACUUCGGUACCAAGUGUCGUUAGCGAGUUGAAGAAAGAUGUCUCUAUCAAAAGAUUGGUAUGGAGUGCCGUCCUCAUCACCACCACUUUCUACCUCUUACUGGGAAUCUUUGGCGCGGCCUCCUAUAAAAUCGAGACAUCCACCAACAUCAUUGCCAUUAUUCGAAAAGUUGAGCUGGAAAAUAGUGUUGCUGAAGUGGCAACCUAUCUAUUUCCAUUUUUACUGCUGUUCAGCAUACCCGUGUAUGCGAUUGUACUCAGGUACAAUUUGAUGAGGUCUGGGUUGAGUAAGAGCGAAAAUAAGGCUAUAUUAUUUGUUCUCUUCCCUUGGAUUCUGGUAAUUCCGCUUCAGACUGGAUAUUGGUUGAACGUGUUUACAAAUUGGACCGCAUUAAUCUUCAUAGGUGGUUCAAAUUUCAUCAUACCUUUUCUGUUAUAUAUUCUGAGUCAAAGACAAGAUGCGUACCCGCCCGAACUCCCUAUCUCACCCCUCACAAAAGUCUUUUCUAUAGGCGAUGAGGAGGAUGAGUUCGCGGAGGCAAAACCAUUCAGAGCCUUCUCGUGCUGUGAGAAGAGACAGACGAGGAAGGAAAAACAUGGGAGUGAAAGUAAGGGUAAGGUUGAUGAUGGUGAAGAGUACGGAUGGAGUUGGGGCCUGGUGACAGCAUGGACAGCGAGCAUGGUGAGUUUAUUGAUGAUAGGCGCAAUCAUCGUGUACAAUCUCCUGUCGCUUUUAAAACUCGAGUCAUUAUAA